AUGUUGGCCUUCUGGUAUAAGCCCCGGCGAAAGCAGUCCCACUUCUACCGUCGCAGGCAGUGGGUGACCAUGCUCCGCAUCGAUGAAAUUGUGUUGAUGCCAGAGGAGGAUCCCACAGACCCCCCGCCGCCCAAACCUGUGCGACUUCUCGACCUUUGGGCCAACAGGUGGCUGGAUCCUGCCGAAAAGGCAGGAAUCGAGAUGGUGAAAGGUGAAGACGGCGCUCUCAUUCCAAAGACUGCUUUAAUAUACGAGCCUUGGCGCAGAUUCUAA